AUGAACUUCCAAGAAGAUUUACAUCCUUUCUCAUAUCCAAAUGAAAUUAUUCAACAACAUGGUAUGAAUCACUUGCCUCCUCCUUUCUUCUUUCAACUUCCUUCGCCUUUUUUCAACAGCGAUCACUUUUUACUCACUCAUGAGCAAGAUGAGCUUUCUGGAUCAGCUGAUAAUCAAGCUCCGGAGAAGGAGAUUUUGGAAUGUAAUGUUGUUGCUUCAAACCCUAACUCAAGAAAGAGGAUUGCUACUCCAGGAAAGAAAGACCGCCAUAGCAAGAUCCACACGUCUCAAGGUUUGAGAGACCGGAGGAUGAGACUUUCGUUGAGGAUCGCACGAAAAUUCUUCGAUCUCCAUGACAUGUUAGGUUUUGAUAAAGCUAGCAAAACUAUAGAUUGGCUCUUUACCAAAUCAAAGGCAGCUAUCAAAGAACUCACUAAAAACAUCCCUCAAGGAAAUGAGGUAUUGGCUUCACAAAGUUAUUCUCCAAAACAAAAAGAGGUUUCCACUCCUAAACAGAAGAAGAAGAAGGAUGAUAGCUUGAAAGUUCAGUUAAAGAAUGAGAGAAAGGGAAAAAUGAUUAGGAAUAUUAAUAAUCCUACGAAGAAGGAAUCAAGGGAUAAGGCAAGAGAGAGAGCAAGGGAAAGAACGAGAGAGAAGAUGAUUACAAGGGAGAAAUCAAGAGAGUUCCAAGAGGAUAACCCUAAUCCUAACCCUAACCCUAACUCUAGUAACCUAAACUUAUUAAACAUUUCAGGCAAUCGUCUGGCUAGAUCAAAUGGUCAGAACACGAACUCGUCUCCCCUUCAAGAUCAUCAUGUUAUGCAUAUGGAGGAGCAAAACCCUAGCUUACUACAAUAUCAUUUAGCAUCAUUAGAAAUUAUCAACGAUGAUGUUUUGGGUAAUGCGAAUUCAUCAGCUCCUCCCUUUUGCAUUCACUACAUCAGUCAGGACCACGCAAUUUCGGAUAAUCAUGUUUGGUGA